GAAACUGAAGGCAAGAGAGAGGUAGAUGGGAAUUCCAGUGGUCUUGGAACGUGGCUCUGUGUCUCUCUCUAUAUCCCCUAUGAAGAAAUGGACAAACAGAUAAAACACUAUAGAUACCAUAUAUUCUGCAACUCUAUUUUACGAUCUUCACUGCUCGCAGAAUCUGAGAGCAGAAACAUCAUCAGAACUUAGUCUUCCAUGGAAUUUCAAGACGACAUCACCUCCCCUCUAGUGGGAGAAGAUGAGAAAGAAGAUUACAACCGUCCCUCUACUUCUUCUUCUUCUCCGGCAAUCGAGUCGCCGGAGUUGGAAAAUUCGCCUGUCCCGCAGGUAGCCCUGACAGUACCUACGACAGAUGACCCAACUCUCCCGGUACUAACCUUCCGAAUGUGGGUUUUGGGGACACUGUCAUGUGUGGUCUUGUCGUUCUUAAACCAGUUCUUCUGGUACAGAACAGAGCCUCUUACCAUCACAGCCAUAUCAGCUCAGAUUGCAGUGGUUCCCCUGGGACAUCUAAUGGCUUCCACGAUUACAGACCGAGUCUUCUUCAAGGAUACUCGCUGGGAAUUCACUCUAAACCCAGGUCCAUUCAAUGUCAAAGAACAUGUUCUCAUUACCAUCUUUGCUAAUUCAGGUGCUGGAACUGUAUAUGCCAUUCACAUCGUUACUGCUGUGAAGGUAUUCUACAAGGAGAAGUUCACCUUCCUGGUUUCCAUAAUUGUCGUCAUAACUACACAGGUGUUGGGUUUUGGUUGGGCUGGAAUAUUCCGACGAUACCUGGUGGAACCGGCAUCUAUGUGGUGGCCGGCGAAUUUAGUUCAGGUCUCCUUAUUCAGGGCCUUACAUGAGAAAGAAGAGAGGUCCAAGGGCGGUCUGACACGUAUCCAGUUCUUCCUGAUCGCCUUUGUAUGCAGCUUUGCCUACUACGUCUUCCCUGGCUACCUCUUCCCCAUGGUGACCUCCCUAUCUUGGAUUUGUUGGAUAUUCCCCAACUCUGUUCUAGCCCAACAAUUGGGCUCAGGUCUCUAUGGCCUUGGGAUUGGUGCUAUUGGUAUCGAUUGGGCCACAAUCUCCUCAUAUCUUGGAAGCCCACUAGCCAGCCCGUGGUUUGCCACUGCCAAUGUAGCUGUAGGCUUUGUUGUUGUCAUGUAUGUGUUAACCCCAAUCACCUACUGGCUCAAUGUCUACAAAGCCAAGACCUUCCCUAUCUUCUCUGAUGAGCUCUUCACCUCCACUGGUCAGAUCUAUAACAUAACCAGUAUCAUAGAUUCCAACUUUCACCUUGACCUUGAAGCUUAUGAGAAGAAUGGCCCUCUUUACCUUAGCACCUUCUUUGCUAUGACCUAUGGUGUGGGCUUUGCUGCACUCACUGCUACUGUUUCCCAUGUUGCCCUCUUCCAUGGAAGAGAAGUAUGGGAGCAGAGCAAAUCGGCAUUCCAAGAGAAAACUAUGGAUAUACAUACCAGGUUGAUGACCAGGUACAAGCAAGUCCCAGAGUUGUGGUUUGUGAUCAUCUUAAUUGCUAACAUUGCUGUCACCAUCUUUGCUUGUGAGUAUUACAAUGACCAACUUCAGUUGCCAUGGUGGGGGGUUCUGUUAGCUUGUGGCCUUGCAUUCUUCUUCACUCUCCCCAUAGGAAUCAUCACUGCCACCACAAACCAGACGCCAGGAUUGAACAUCAUUACAGAGUAUAUAAUAGGGUACAUGUAUCCAGGCCGUCCUGUGGCUAACAUAUGCUUUAAGGUGUAUGGAUACAUAAGUAUGACACAGGCAGUGACCUUCCUGCAAGAUUUCAAGCUUGGGCACUACAUGAAAAUCCCACCCAGGACUAUGUUUAUGGCACAGGUGGUGGGUACCCUCAUAGCUGGGUUGGUGUACCUGGGGACAGCUUGGUGGCUAAUGGAAACCAUCACUGACCUUUGCGACACUUCAUCAACAAUAUGGACAUGCCCAGCAGACCGUGUCUUCUAUGAUGCUUCAGUGAUAUGGGGCUUAAUUGGGCCACUUAGAAUAUUUGGGGCUCUGGGCACCUACGAGGCCAUCAAUUGGUUCUUCCUAGCAGGAGCUAUUUUACCUGUGUUAGUAUGGUUGGCGCACAAGGCAUUCCCUAAACAAGAAUGGAUUCGGCUCAUUAACAUGCCAGUCUUGAUUGGUGCGACAGGGAUGAUGCCACCAGCGACUGCAGUGAACUACUCUAGUUGGAUCAUUGUUGGGUUCCUAUCUGGGUUUGUUGCGUACAGGUAUCGAAGGGACUGGUGGCAACGCCACAACUAUGUGCUUUCGGGGGCACUGGAUGCAGGGCUUGCCUUCAUGGGUGUGUUGUUGUACCUGUGCUUGGGCUUGGAGGACAUCAGCCUUAGUUGGUGGGGAACCAACUUGGAUGGCUGUCCCUUGGCAACUUGCCCCACUGCCAAAGGGGUUAUGGUUGAAGGCUGCCCUGUUUACAGCUGAUCUAAUGUAUAAACAUUCAUUCAUUACUCACUACAAGCCCACCACGUUUCUGUAUAAUUUACACAGUGAAGCAAUAAGAAACAGGGGUUCACAGAAAAGAAAAAUUUACAGUGAAUAAAAUAAGAAGGUAUCUUGCAUAAA